AUGGCUACUCAUCGACCGUACGACUCAAAACUUGGAAUAGUGACUGGAGGUUCACGAGGUAUUGGUGCAGCAGUUGCUGCAAGAUUGGCCGCUAAAGGAUGUAAUCUCCUCCUCGUCUACACUUCCGAGUCAUCCACAGAACCGACAAAGAAGCUAUGCAGUGAGCUCUCGUCCUCACACAACAUUCAAUGCUCUUCAGUGCAGGCCGACCUAGGCAGUCCUUCUGAGGCCGAACCUAAGAUUAUCGACGCUGCAAAGUCGUUCCAUGCUUCGUAUAGCUCAAACAAACCCUUCCAAAUCGAUAUUCUGAUCAACAAUGCUGGCGUCUCUUCUAAUCAGCAUAUGAAUGACACUAAGCAAGGGGCUAUCGACGAACUCGAAUUUCAUCGCGUCUACAACGUCAACGUUUUGGCUCCUCUCCUCUUAACUCAAGCAGUUGCCCCGCAUCUUCCCACCAACCGCAGCGGACGUAUCGUAAACGUCUCUAGUGUUUCUUCGUCUAUCGGGUACCAGGGCCAAUCGGUCUAUGCCGGAAGUAAAGCAGCUUUGGAAGCCAUGACACGGACCUGGAGUCGUGAGCUAGCUACUCGUGCUACCGUCAACGCUGUAAAUCCUGGACCGGCCUGGGGCGACAUGUACGCAGCCGCCGGACAAGCUUUCUGGGAUAUCAACCAGCCUUAUGUUGAUGUAGCUCCCUUGGCUCAGUAUGACGGUGAACCAGAGAUAUUGGCCAAGGCAGGGUCCGACGCCGAGCGAUUCGAUCGGAUAGUACGCGAGUCAAUGGGUGGGCGAAGGCCAGGAUUUACGUCUGAAAUCGCUGGCACAAUUGACAUGCUAUGUUCGGAAGAGAGUGGCUGGACGACUGGUAGCGUCAUCUGUGCUAAUGGUGGAAUGAAAAUGUCAAUCUCUUAG